UCAAGGUGUCCAGAGAAGGACUUAUGCAGGGGGACUCCCUUCUACACCUUAGAUCUGGACCAGCUGGACGCCGUCCUCAUCCCCAGCUGUGUGCAGAGUAACAGGAUGCUUUCCCAUGAUUUGCUAAUCCAGCUUGGGAGCCAGGCAAGAGGUCGGGUCCCAACAGAGCUCUUGGAUCCUGGAGAAGCCUGAUGAGAGAUGUCAUGGCAAACCCGCUGACUGAGAAGUCACCCCACAGCGAGGAAGAGGAGUAAUGGUCCUCACAUGUAAAUGAAGUGAGGCAAGGCCUGAAAAAUGCUUCACAACAAGAGAAAAAUUGAGGCCAGGAACUAGGAGUGCCCAAAAGAGCACUUGGGGGAGCAAGCGCCUGUGGAAUGAGAUUUUUGUUCUAUACAAUGACUUGACUUUUUUUUCGUUGAAAUGAGAGGACUUUCUCCCUCAUCCUCCUAUCUCCUCCCAAGGAGAACAGCGCUUACGGUGUCAUUAGAUCUCCUUCUCUACAGAGACGGGCCCUUCUUUCCUGCAGUAGCUCUGAGACCUAAAUCAGCUGUUGCUGCUGUACCAACUCUGCCAUCCUCUCAGUCCUAAGAAGGAGCCUGGCGUACAGGAGCGCGUGGUGAAGCAGCCAUGGGGACGGAUGCUUGGCAAAGCCAUUUGGGGGACAGGACUUUGCUUAUGGUAGGUGACUGGAUAAAGCUCUUGCUGCACAAACCAGAAGUGUCGUUGGAGCAGUGGUUUUACAACAUUCUUUACAUAGAAGAAUUAUAUUUGCUCUGCCUACAACAUUUGCUUAAAAAAAAAUGUUUACAGGUGAAGCAGAAAGACUGCAUCAAAUGAGUUUGGGCUGCACGUUUCAAGAAGCACUUAUGUUUUCUGGCACCGCUGAUGUGGACACAAAGAAAUGACAAGGAUUGUGUGGAGAUCCUCUCUACAGAGUACCUAAGGACAGACAGUGUUGGUGUUAUCCUGCCCUUUUAACUAGAGCAACAAUUACUUCAUGCCCAACCUUCUGUAACCAACAUAGGAGUGUGAUGUCACUGUGGAGUAAAACUCAUCUGAUGUCUUCGGAAUUUAGGUAUUCAGUUGUUAAUAACAGUGUGUCUCAUCAGAAGAGCAGAAGGUAAAUUACCUCACAGAGAAGCUGUGUUAUCCCCAGCAGCGGUUUAUAAUGUUGCGAAGUCAGCAUGACCCACAUAUCUUAUCUCAGCUGGAAUGCAUUUGUCACUGUCUCCUGUUAUGAUCUUCUGCUAAAACGCCCUAGAAAAGAGAGUGCUGCUGGUCCAAAUUGAGGAUAUCGUGUGAGCAAAGAUGAAAUUUUACAGCUGAAGGUUAUUUGCUGUUUCCAGAAGUGAGGUGGCUACGUAUGUCCCAGCGCCCCGCGCGGCGCCGCCACAGCUCACUGCCUGCACCGGCCCCGCGCCCCUCUCUCUGCAAAAUGGCGUCUACCCAUUCCUGUGGCGUGGGGGAAGUGCAUGACAUCACACGGCCCUCCCGGCCAAUCAGCGCGCCGGGUUCUCCCCCGGAAGUUAAACGCCGUUUCCCUCCCCUUCCGCCCGGCUGCCCCCCCGGUUGCCAUGGCAGCGCGCGGCGCGGCGGCUGCGGGAUGGCGUCCGCGGACCUGGUGGAGGCGGCGGACGAGCGCGGCGGGCGGCUGCGGGCCCUCAGGCUGCGGGCCGCGCUGGAGCGGGAGCGGCGGCUGGAGGAGGCCGUGCUGCGGGAAGAAGAGAGGAGACGGGGCAGGGCGCUGCGGCGGGAGCGGGAUGAGGCGCUGGCGGCAGAGCUGGCCAGGCUGGACCGCGAGAGGCUGAGAGACGAGAAGAUGCGGCAACAAGUGAGAGAGAACAGUCUGGAACUUCGAGAGUUAGAAAAAAAGCUAAAAUCUGCUUAUAUGAAUAAAGAGCGAGCUGCACAGAUCGCCGAAAAAGAAGCCAUCCAGUAUGAGAAAAUGAAGCGUGAGGCUGAAAUAGCCCAAAAGAUGAAGGAAGAGUACGAAAGGGCAAUAAAAGAAGAAAGUUCUGCAGAGCUGAGGCGAAACGAGGAGAAAAAAAUGUAUCAGCAAGAACUGGAGAAACAGCUUGAGGAGCAGGAGAGGAAGAAGCAGGAUGCUUACCAGGAGUUUCUAAGCGAGAAACUCUUGAUCGAUGAAAUUGUAAGAAAGAUCUAUGAGGAAGACCAAAUGGAAAGACAACUGAAGUUAGAAAAAAUAAGAGCAACUCAGACAUAUAUUGAAGAAUUUAAAAAAGAACAAGCCAACUGGAGGAGAAGGAAACAGGAAGAGAUGGAAGAAGAAAAUAGGAAAAUUAUGGAAUUUGCCAACAUUCAGCGACAAAGAGAAGAAGACCGGAUGGCUAAAGUUCGAGACACUGAGGAGAAAAAACAAAGAGUUCAAAGCAUGAUUGCCCAAAAUCUGGAAAGAGAAAAACAGAAGCGUGAAGAACUGGAACAAAUCCGGCAGGAGCUCUAUCUGGAAGAGCAAGAGGAGACAGAAAGGAAGAAGGAGAUGGCAGAAAUUGAAAAGAGAAUAAGGCAACGCUUAGACUUAAGGCAAACAUAUGAAGAGCAAUUUGCUUUAAAGAAGAUACUGCAACAAGCCAUGCGAGAAGAGGAAGAAGCCUUCAGACAACAGAUGUUGGCCAAGUUGGCAGAGGAUGAUCGCAUUGAGCAGAUGAAUGCUCAGAAACGAAGAAUGAAACAGCUUGAACACAGAAGGGCUGUGGAAAAACUUAUUGAAGACCGUCAUAAACAGUUUAUUGCAGAUAAAGAGCGUGAACUUGAAGAAAGACAGUUGGAGGAGAGAAGACAAGAAAACAUCCGUGCAAUUGUUGAAGAGGAGAGACAGAAACUCCUGAAAGAGCACGCGUCAAAAUUAUUGGGUUAUCUUCCUCGAGGCAUUAUCAAAGACAAAGAUGACAUUAACAUGCUCGGAGAGGAAUUUCAGCUGGCUUACCAGAAGAGAACAGGCAAUGCAUUUUCAGAAGAGAAAUGAAGCGUCCCCCACCUCAUCUCCUGGUUUGCCACUAGGUGUCAUCUGAUUCCUAAUGACAAUUUACAUUUGCUGUUAAUGGAGAGGGACUCCUUUUUAAUAUCAUAAAACAUCUCCAUUUUAAGACUGGAGUUCUAAACUGAUGAGCAGCUAGUUUUAUUUAAGUGUAUGUUGUAUUUGCCUUUUUAUACCUUUCUUUCAAUGUAUGAACUCACUAUUAAUGUGCCCUGUUCCAAUUCAAUUACUCUGAGGGAGGAAUCCAUUGAAAGAGCUGAGGUUUGACAGAGGUUCACACAAGCAGCACAGGCUUUUAUUGCUCCUGUUCCUUAGUGUUCUGCUCAUCUACACUCAAACUUUUACCUUGUUCUUGAUUAUAGUAAUGACAUAACGAAAUCUUUAAUGAUGUAAUGCUUGUAGAGCACCUGUGAAUAUGGAGUCCUCCCUCCUGAUUGUAUCCCAAAGCAGGAGCUGACGGCCAGGGAAAGAUUUCCUAUCUUCACCUUGACUAAAGUAGGGAUUUUAAAUAAUACAGCUGUACCAGACUGCAAAGCCUAUCUGGAAGUCAGGGGCAAGUCUCGUGUAUGCUGUUGCCAGCCAAGGGUGUCAGAUGUAACAGCUAAAACAAGUUAUAAAAGAGUAUGUGCUUAAAAUUAGAUGCCAGCCCAGCUAGUGUUGGGGGGAGAUCUCUUGCAGAACAGAGAAGGCCAAUUUUCCAACCACGUGUGUUAAAAAAGGACAUGACAUUUUCUUCUCAACCGAAUCACUGCUUAAUUUAUUUCUGUUGCAACAAGGAAUUUUCUGAGACUAAACCCUGACUUCUUUGGACUGAAUAUUACUUUAGAUAAGGUACAGUUUUAAAUGCUAAAACAGAGCAAACUGGUACCAAAGUUCAUUUGUUGGAAUAUUUCUUACACGGUCUGUGCUUCUCCACUCAUUACAGAAGGGUGUAUUUCCUAUGGUAUCACAACACAAGCUUAUAAAAGUUAAACACUUUAAACACAAGCAAAAUCAACAAAAUCAAUUCACUGGGCUAUGCAGUUAUCAACUAUUAUUAACAAGCAUUCAUAUACAGUGCCAAAAUAAUGUACCAUCUGACUUGUAUUUCAAAUAGAAGUUGUCUUUCUAUGGAAUCAACAAUUUCCCCACUCAAGAGCCUUCAUGAAUUCCUCUUCAGUAAAAGAAAGCAUCUUAGCAGCUUCAAUGUGCAUCUUAAAAAAGGAAAGAAAAAAAAAAAUUAGGAGCAGAAGGUAAAAUAAUGUGAAUGAGCAAUGCAAAAUCCUGUAUAAUUGGGAUGGCUGAAAGGGGCUUCCAAUCUAUCAUUCUGGUUUUCGUACUAUGGUUUGAUGGAUGUUCACCUGUUUAAGAUGAAACUGCUAUUUAUAUUUUUCUGCAAAAAUUUAUAGCGUAGAGAGAACGUGAGAAAUGUAUGCUAAACAUUGCAAUUGUAGCUCUAGUAAAAGAGGACCAGUAGCUUUUUGUAGUUCCUUAUAUUCCUUGAAAAAUGUCUCAGUUUUAAAGAGGCACGGAAAUCACUGAAAAUUUGACAGCUCAUCACCUCUAAAGAACAGUAUAAGGAAACUACUGUAUACAUUUUUUUCAAGCUGAUCAAUAUGCAGCUAUUACAAAUCAAAUACAUCAUUAAGAUUCAGUGUGCUAACACCUCUUAUAUGUGUGAUCUAAUGUUAAAUGAGGAUUUUAACAAAAUAGUAUAACACUGUUAAAAAUGAACAAUUAGCAUAAAACAAAGAGUAGCUGCACUACACCUUAACAGGCAAUACCUGGAGCUAAUCAGAGGUGGUGGUGUUGCCCUGUGUCACAUACAUCUACAGUCCAUUAUGGCACGUAGGCACAGACACACACCCCCACCACGUGUACAUAUGUGUAUGCUUAUAAAUCAGACAGUAGUAUGAAUUUGUAUUUCCACUACACAGGAUAUAGCACGUUACUUUAAAUGGAACACCAAAAGGAACAAACAGAACUUUUUAAUAUGUUUUAACAGGCUAUUUUCUCUUCAAAUAAUAGAGGUUUUUGGGAGAGUGUCCUCAGGGUCAUGGAGAUUUGAUGAGAAAACAAGUACUAAAUGGUCAGUGUAUUUGCAAAGAACUACCCAGCAGCCAGAGAGCCCCGAGACCUCCCCGGGCUCCAGCAGAGGUCACAGCAGAGGUCACAGCAGAGGUGGCAGCGGUGCCACACGUCCCCAUCCCCACACCGGGGUAUCAUCUCUUUGCCCGUCGUCAUUCAGAGUGGAAAAGAACUAAGCAGUUGUUACUGCAAAUUCUAACAAAAUGGCUAUGGUUUGAAGAACAGGAAACAAUUCAUGUCUAUAAGAAAUCUGUUGCGGGUUUUGUGUAUAUAGAUAUAUUGCUAGUUCAAAAGGACAACAAAGCAACACCCUCCAGCUCUGCAAAGCUCAGACUCAUUUCCCCUAAUCCUUUUAAAAAACUAAGAUUUUUCUGUUAAAUUCUCUCUCUCAAGGCAAGCAGAGAAUGCUCUGAAGAGGCCCACUGAACACCAGCAACUACUUGCUGCCGGCUGCAACUCAUCCUGCUUUUGGGAGACUUUUCUCCUCUACCAUUCUUCUUGGGGAAGCAUAUCCUCACCUUCAGACUAGCUGUACCUGCCACGGGCAUCUGAAUCUGCCACACAAACACUACACAAAUGGCCCAAAUGAGGUUUUCCUCAUUCAUUCAACAAAAGGCUUGUGUGAAUUACAUACAUUGAGCACGUCUGAGCUUUAGCUGCCUCUCCCCUGGGCCUUCUGCUUGAAGCUAUAAAAGGCAGAGUUAGCACAGGUCUCUUUCAGGUUCUUCCUGGUCUUUUCUGAAAGAACUAGCAGCAUCCUCCUUCUGUGAGUAAAUAACAUUUCUUUAUGAGAAAGGUAAGUGGCUUCCUCUACUAUCUGCAGUUCUGAUACAGUAUUCAUAAUUUGUCUACAAUAUAUCCAAUGAAGAUUUGUGAAGUUUAUCUGAGACUAUGGUUUUGGUUCACAGCCAAACAGAACCAGUGCUCUUUGCCACCCGUUCAGUGAAUUCCUGUUCCAGAGGACAAUAAGCAACCUCACGUAUAGAGUAGAUUUUGAGUGACUGCUGCAUUUUUUUCAUUCUCAAAAUAAACUUGAAGAGAUGUAAAAAAGUCA